UUAUUAUUAUUCAUAAUAACCCUCACAUCUACUUUGUCAAAUGUUUUUUUGUAGAAAUAUUGCUGUGUAUUUGUUGUCUUGUUAAUUCUUUCCAAGUUUAACCACCAAAAACUUUUUUAAAAACAUGUAUCCAGAUUCUGUGAAUGUAAAACUCUAGAGAAGGUUUGGUUCGGAGUUGGCGGCGAGAGCAUUGCCAGUCCCUGCGACACGACAACAAGCAUAGAGAAAAUAAAGAUAAUUCGUUCAGCCUCGCACUGAUCUGGAGGUAAAAAUAUCCACAAUGCACCAAGGCCAAAAAACUGUGCAGUCACAUGAAUGUCUGAAUUUGAUGAUUGGAAAUGAUCACGCUGAGUAGAUGUUUCGACUAUAAGAUAAUUGGAUUUAUUCUUAGUAUGGUCAACAGGUUUUGUUUGACUUAGUUAUUACUCCAACAUAUUCAAUUCACAUUUUGAGCGGGAGAGGACCUCGUGUUUUCACUGACACUGAUUAUUUUCAUGCUCUUCUUUCUGUGGCUAUAACCGUGUCUUAUUCUCUUUGACAUACACACUGGCCACAGGACAAUAACGUCCUCCGACAGGCUGGUAAGGUCAACCGAUGGGCUUUGUGAUAGCUUCACUACAGGGGAUUGUCCUGGAGAUGGGCAUGAACCUUCCCUUCUUUACCCAACUGACACCCAGAUACUAUAACCGAAGAACGUGUGUGUCUAUCUCACUGCGGAUUUGUUCAGGUGAGUGUGUGUGUGAGUGUGUGUGUGCACACGCGUUUGGUAGUGCAACCAUGUUACCUGCAGAGAAGGAAGAUCAAAAACAGGUUGGAUGGUGCAAAGAAUAAAUGUUAUGAUCAUAGAAGCGUAUGAGCAUCACGAUGCUUUCUGCUGCUCUGCUGUCCAAAUGUGUGUGUGUGUGUGUGUGUGUGUGUGUAAGUGAGAGUGUGCAGAGAGAAAACUAUGGGUACAAAUAUUCUUUUAGACAUUUUUCUAACAGGCAUUUGGGAGGAGACACGCAUCUUCCAUAAAAAAAUCAAAUGGAUAGUUUGAGAGAAAGAAAUACAUUUUAAAAGCUUUAAAAGAACGCAGCGCCUCACCUCCUUUAUGAGGUAAAAUACAUCAUAUCACAGGACGCUGUCUGAUGCGUUGUUGAAACAGUUACAUGAGCACUCCAUGUGAAUUGGGUUGUGUGACAGCAGCACGCAAUGAAAUGCUUCUCCCACCUGCUGGUGAACCAUGAGUUUGAAUUAUUUACUUUGCAAAAAGUACAAAUAAUAUAAGCGAUUGAACAAAUCCACCUGCUUCUGCGUUCCUGUGCACGGAAAGCUCAGUCAAAUAUCUCAAAAAAGAGAAUAACUUUGAGGUUGCAUUAGAAUUCGUACGUAGCAUGCUUGAGCCUUCAGUUCAAGCAAUUUACCAGAAAUUUUAAUGCCAACUUAAUGCUGAAAGCAUCGUGACGGGCUUAAAAUGUCCACAUUACACAUUUCUGUCUUUCUCUUAUAGAAUGUGGCAACGGAAGUUAUGUUGUGGCAAAACAAGUGUCAACUUGACCUUUAUUUCAACACACAUUAUUCAUGUCAAGGAGAACAUUCUCUGAGUGAUGUCCAUGCACUUUAAUUGCUUAGCUCCAUGUUCAUGUACCCUGCGGUGUAAAAGACUAGACACGACCUUCCUCAUUCCAGCAUUCUGAACCAUUUCUCAUGGAAAUUGUCUGCCCACUAUUGAUUUAGCACAUAAAAAAAGGAAAUAAAAUAAUAGAGCUACGAAUGUUUUCUCUUGGUAGGUGUCCCAGUGGCCCCUUGUUUUCCAGCCCUGCUGGUAUUCGACCAAUUUCCAGAUGGCUGAUUCUUCACUAUAAUGGAAUGUGGCAGCGAGCACGACUCGCGCUCUUGAUGAGUGUACGGGGGGCACGGCAGUGGCACAGACAAAAGAAACAAAGCACUGCCACUCACAGAUAAAGGUUCUUCUUGUUCGUAUUUGUCUGCAAUAAACAAUAAGAAUUCCCUCGUGUCUCUUAGGUGAGGUGGUAGUAAAGGGACAGAGCAUAUUAAAGGCAUACUGGGCAAAGACAAUUCGUUUUGAUUUCUGUUCUGUGCUUUGUGGUAAAAACAAAAUGCCAAAAUAAUAUUCUAGUUAAAAACAAAACUGAUAAUUGCUUUUGCAAUCUAACAAUGGUUAAAUAAUUUUGAAAAAUUCUACUACAGUUUACAGUCCUACCUUUGUUUAUGUUGGAGAUGCAGCAAUCUUCGGAAUACGUCUCAGUAGGGGGGAGACGUCCUUUGGACUGGAAUGGAAUGACCGUGUUCGCAUCACUGAACAGAUGCUCAUCAUUGGCAGUGGUGAUUGAUUGAUUGAUUGAUUUAUUAUUUAGGAGUCCUAGAGAAGAACCAUGGGUAUGUGGAGCAUUUUAUAUAUUUUUUUACCUAAUGCCGAGAAAGGGAGUGAGAAAAGGGACAUUAGGUUGAUUGCAAUCAGCAACCUCACCAAGAUGCUACUGAAUCUUGCGCCCCCUUUAAAUCACCGUUGGCUGGAGUUUGUAACUGUAAACAUAUCCUAAUGUUUAUUAUGAUCAUGUUAUCCUAGAAAUUAUUAACAUAAAAAAUUAAAUGAGCACAAAUGUACUAGACCAGCAGAAAAAGUGAGGCAUGAAAAGGUACACAACAGAAUUUAAAAUGGUUAAGAAAAUUUCCAAAUCCCAAUUGUGUCCAUUGAGAACUGUUCCACUACGUAAUAAAACUCCCAUCAGAACCCCAAUUCUCUAAUGAAGCAGAUGGAUGGAUGAAUCUCCCCCCCCCCCCUCUCUCUCUAGUGGCACGACGCGCAAAGAAAGUUGAAGGACGAAGGAGAAGCUGAGCUGCUGCUGAGAAAACAUGCUCAGCACCACGGACAGCGAUCAAUUGGGAACUCGUGACACAAGCAACCUGUCGAUAUCGGAGAAACUUGAGAGAAUCAGAAGGCGCAACUGAAAAGGAGGAAUUUGAAUCGGAAUGGAAUAAACCAGCAUGGCAGAGGUAAAGUUUCUCUUGUAAAUCACUGAAAACAGCAGUGGGGGAGAAUCUGCAUCUGGAACCACACAAUGGAUCCCCUGGAACUCAACUCAUCCUCUGCAGCCACUCCCUUGUCCUUCCUCUUUUCCCUCCCCCUCCUCUUCAACAUCUCCUCCAACCUGUCAACCCAAAGCCUCCCCUUUCAGGGCAGCAGCACCCUGAUGACGGCAGUCGUCUCCCUCUCCGUCUUCGUGGUGGGUCUGACUGGCAACACUCUGGCCAUCUACGUGGUGCUGCGCCACGCCAAAAUGAAGACAGUCACCAACAUCUACAUCCUAAACCUGGCCGUGGCCGAUGAGCUCUACAUCAUCGGGCUCCCCUUCCUCACCACGCAGAACGUGCUCUCCUAUUGGCCGUUUGGCUCCUUCCUUUGCCGGGUUGUCAUGACAGCAGACUCUAUGAACCAGUUCACGUCUAUUUUCUGCCUGACCAUCAUGUCGAUCGAUCGUUACUUGGCUGUGGUUCAUCCAAUCAGCAGCACCAAGUGGAGACACCCCCGAGUGGCCAAGGUGGUGAGCGCUGCCGUGUGGGUCGUGUCAUUCGUGGUGGUUCUGCCUGUGGUCAUCUUCUCUGACGUUCAGGACACGUUUAAUUCCUGCAACAUGAACUGGCCAGAGCCAAAGCACGUGUGGUCGACGGCCUUCAUUCUCUACACUGCCACGGUGGGCUUCUUCGGGCCGCUGCUCAUCAUUUGCCUCUGCUACCUGCUUAUUGUUAUCAAGAUUAAGUCCUCGGGGGCGCGUGCAGGCUUCACCAAGCGCCGGCGGUCAGAGCGCAAGGUGACGAGGAUGGUGGUGGUCAUCGUGGUGGUGUUUGUGCUCUGCUGGCUGCCCUUCUUCAUCAUCAACAUCGUCAACCUGGUGGUCAUCAUCCCGGAGUCCAGUGUCACUGCCGGAAUCUACUUCUUCGCCGUCAUCCUGUCGUACGCCAACUCCUGUGCCAACCCGGUGCUCUACGGCUUCCUGUCGGACAACUUCAGACAGAGCUUCAGAAAAGUGCUGUGUGUGAGGAGUGUGAGGUGCAAGACCAACGGUGUGAAUGACGGCGACCCCAGCGCUCCGCGUACUGAGAAAAGCACAGCUCACGACUGCGUGGUUCUCUCCCCUCGAAACCAGGCCUACCGCGACCCCCAGAGCAGCCAGGUCUCUCCUCAUCCUCCAGGCUCACCCAUCUCGCACGCAGCAGCAGACCUGCACCGCCCCGCCCCUACAGGCCAACCUCCCGCCACUCGCCCAGGUGGACUGACCUCUGCCACGGUGGCCUCCACAGCAGCCCCCACCCUAAUCUCCGUGGUUACUCUGGCAUAACGCCACUUUUCUGAACACUCAUUCCAAAUGCAUUGCAGCAUUUAUGAUCAAUUUUGGUGAAACAACCUCAAAAUAGAUAUUUUGUCAAUUCUUAAUGUGUACUUCUAACUGCCCAAAUCCCCCAGCUGUUGUGUGUCCAUCUGAAGUGCCUUCUCAGCUGGAAAGAGGGACAUUCAAACCCUGCUUCUCCCAUCUUAUGUUCAUCUGUUGCACAAGAUAUUAGAAGGAAUAUACUUUUCAGGAACAAAACAGCUAGAGAAUAUUUUUGUCAGAAGUUUAAAACAUGCAUUAUUAGGAACUAUUUUGCAAGCAUACGUUGUGAUUGCUGUUUACCAGUAACGGUAAAUGUGACUGUGCCCCCGCUCAGUGUUCUCCUGUCAAUGUUUAGCCGGCUUUGAACACAGAACCUCUGACCUCGGUUUAUUUGAGGCUCCUUGUUUACCGUUUGAUGGAAUCGAUGUAAAGUGGCUCAAAUGCUCUGUAUUAUAAUGAAAAUGUGUCCACCUUCAAGCUUUUAUUAUGAAAGGUCAGGUGUUGUUUCUGCAAUUUGCCUGAUGAAGACACAUUA